AUGGCCAACCCCCUUUGCCUCACCAGCAAUGUGUUCAAGGACCCGCAUCUAAACUUUGCAUUCGGAGGCAACGCCGAUUUUCGCGGCCGCCACGGCGUGCUCUACAACUUUCUGUCUGCGCCGGGCCUUUCAGUCAACAUCAAGACGGAGGAAGCGAUCUUCAAAAUUCACGACGGCGCGCUCACGGUGAACGGAUCAUUUUUGACAGAGGCGCACGUGGUCGCGCGAGUCGGUGCAGUGGGCGGGCAUGCCGGGCACAAGGCGGUCGCCUCGUUCUGGUCGACCGAGCUGAACGAGCACAACUGGGGCUUUCAGGUGGUGAACGGAAGCUGCGGCGGUCGCCCCUUCAAAUUCGGUAAACACGGGGGGAAGAAGUGCUUCGAGCUCACCAUGGCAAUGGAGCACUCUUCGGCCUCCUUCGCCCUGCCGGAUUGGACCGUGACUGUCCACGGAAUGCGCUCUGUUCCAAACGACCUGGACUGGGUCGCGGGGCCCCGCCAUCGGCUGGACAUCAGCUUCGCCAGCCGCGGCUCGCUCGCCCGCUCCAAGCCACACGGACUUAUAGGCCAGUCGUUUGCCACCCCGGGCCUGGUUAGGAACGGCAAGGUCGACGAGUACCCUUGGGAGGGUUCGUUCACCACGAGCGCAAUGGCCGAGGGCGCCAUCGAGGGAGCGGCGUCGCAGUACGAGGUGGCCUCGCCUUUCGCGACAUCCUUCGCUUUUGGGCGCUUCGACGCGGCAGCUGUUAACGUCGAUCCCUCUCCGAAGCACGAGGCCUCGGGCGUCAUCGACGCCUCCUCCGUCGAGCGCGUCUCAGUGCCGGCGCUAGCCGCAGAGCGGCGCCGGCUCUCCGAGGCUCCGUGCCCGCCACCGUCACCAGCGGCGGCGUGCCAGGCUGUUUCGGCUGGCUGCUCCAGCAGCCUCUCGUGCACCGAGGACCAGUGCCUCGGCUGCAAGGACGGUUGCGACUGCCGCUGGUCCGCCACCGUGCCCGAGGAGUGUGCCGACACUGCCACAUCCCCGCUGGGUGUGUGCUCCGGCAACGAUUCCCGCUGCGGGCACUUCAACAAUGGCAACCCGACCAGCAAUGUCAACAACGCGCCUGGCUGCCCCGACGCGAGCUCGUGCACCGAGGCCUCGUGCCUCGGCUGCGUCGAUGGCUGCGACUGCCGCUGGAGGGAGUCUCGCACCGCCACCGUCUCGGCACCACCCCCGCCGCCGCCCCCCGUGCGCGCCACAAAGAUUUAUUGUCAGAACAGCAACGAGGUCUGCGACGCGGAUUGGUGGUUCGAGCCGUCGUUCAACAACAGGGUUAUGGACGGCUCCGCGGGCAAAGAGAUGUGGUGCCAGGGGUCGAACGCGAUUUGCGCCAUCAUGGACGCUGAGAAGGUCAUCUGCAGUGGGUCAAAGGCCCAGUGCUACUACAAGCCAGGAGAGGCCUUCCGCUGCGUGGGCAACGGCUGCCCCACCUGCCUCGGCGCGGGGGCCCAGUGCAUCGAGGGCAGCGCCGUCGGCGAUUGGUCGCACAUCCAGAUGAACAGCGCGAUUGGCGCGACGAUGACCUUCGACGGAUCGGGCAGCUACACCCAGAUCAAGUGCACCGGCGUCUCCUCAAAGUGUAACUGCGGCGCUGCCGAGAAGUGCGAGUGCCCGGGGACGGCGAGCCGGCUGUGUCGGCCGCCGCUGGCGGCCUUUCGGCUGCUGAGCAGCGCCGCCGGGCCGAGUGCGCCCUCGCCCAGCGCGAGCGCCGCGCGCCGAGCCAUGCGAAGCCCGGUCACGUGGCUCUCGGCGGCGGCGACGCUUGGCGUGCUGUAUGCCGGCUACGAGUGGCAGUACCAGCGGCAGCUUCAUCGGCAGCGGGCGGCGGGGCGGCCCGACCUGGGCGGGCCGUGGUCGCUGGUCGGCGUCGACGGCCAGCGCGUCACCUCGGAGCAGCUGCAGGGGCAGUGGGUGCUGCUGUACUUUGGCUUCACAAAGUGCCCCGACAUCUGCCCGCAGGAGAUGGACAAGCUGACGGCGGUGCUGCGGAGCCUGGACGGGAAGGGGCAGCGGAGUUCCACGAACGGUUCCUCCCGCUGA